AUGCUCCUAGGGGCGUCCCGGCUGUGCGCGCCCGAGGCAGCCGCAGCGAAGCGGGGAGCGGAGGCGCGGCGGGGAGGCGGCGAAGCGGCGGCGGCGGAGGAGGCGAUGGACGAGUCGUCCCUGCUGGACUUGCUGGAGUGCUCCGUGUGCCUGGAGCGGCUGGACACCACGGCCAAGGCGCUGCCCUGCCAGCACACCUUCUGCCGCCGCUGCCUGGAGAGCAUCGUCAGCUCCCGCCACGAGCUGCGCUGCCCCGAGUGCCGCAUCCUGGUGGGCUGCGGCGUGGACGAGCUGCCCGCCAACAUCCUGCUGGUCCGGCUGCUGGACGGCAUCCGCCAGCGGCCCCGGGGCGGCGGUAGCGGCGGCGGCAGCCCCACGGCGCUGGGCAGCGCAGCGGCGGCGGCCGCCGCCCCUGGCAGCGGAGGAAGCGACUCGGCGGCGUCGCCCGCCUAUCAUCCCGCGGCGGCCACCGGCUCCCCCAGCGCGGCCGCCGCCAGCCGGAGCGCCCUGUUGGGAAAGAAUAUUUCUCAACUGCCCUAUGGUAAAGCUCUCUACACCUAUGAGGGAAAAGAACCUGGUGACCUCAAGUUUACCAAAGGGGACAUUAUCAUACUACGCCGAAAGGUGGAUGAGAAUUGGUAUCAUGGAGAGCUCAAUGGAAACCAUGGCUUCUUUCCAGCCAGCUACAUCCAGUGUAUCAAGCCCCUUCCACAAGCUCCGCCUCAGGGCAAAGCACUUUACGAUUUUGAAAUAAAGGAUAAAGACCAAGACAAGGACUGUUUAACCUUCACCAAGGAUGAAAUUUUGACUGUUAUCAGACGAGUAGAUGAUAACUGGGCAGAAGGAAUGCUGGGAGAUAAAAUUGGAAUUUUCCCUAUCCUCUAUGUUGAGCUCAACGAAUCAGCUAAACAGCUUAUAGAGAUGGACAAGACAUACUUAGCUGCUGCAUCUGGCUGUGAUGUCCCUUUGCCAUCUGACACCAACAUGGCAGUAAAUUUGGCCCAGUGCUCUACUUUAAACAAUACAGGAGCAGUCAGUGCCAUUCAGCGGCAUAUUGAUGGCAAGAAGAAUGCCAAGAAACGCCACUCCUUCACUGCUCUCAGUAUGACACACAAAUCCGCUCAGGCCAUGCAUAACAGGCAUUCCAUGGACAUUAGUGCUCCAGUUUUGAUCAGCUCUAGCGAUCCCCGAGCUGCUGCCAGAAUCGGAGACUUGACUCAUCUUUCAUCCAGUGCUCCAGCCCAGGACUCCUCCUCAAUUGGAACAGCUACAGUGGCUGGACCCAGAACAAGUGCAAUAAUUGGAGAUCAGGGAACACCGACAAAGGUCCAGCUCCCCCUCAAUAUCUACUUAGCUCUGUAUGCAUACAAGCCUCAGAAGAAUGAUGAGCUGGAGCUGCGUAAAGGCGAAAUGUAUCGGGUCAUUGAGAAGUGUCAGGAUGGCUGGUUCAAGGGGACAUCUCUGAGAACGGGAAUGUCUGGAGUCUUUCCAGGCAACUACGUGACUCCUGUUUCCAGAGUGCCUAUAGGAGGUGGCCAGCCCAGGAAUAGCUUAGCAGGCGGGGCUCAGACAAUAAAAGGACCCCCAGGAGCUGUUCACCCAGGAGGUGCAAGUCUUACAAACACGGCCACUGCUGUCAGACCUGUUGUUCCAAUCACUGCACCUCAGACACAUCCCCAACAACAAACAGCGUCUCCUCAGAUGAAUAACUGCAUGAGGUACUCAGCCCAGCAAAUGGUCAGCCAGACUCGCAGUGCCAUGCAGAUGGUAGCACACCCCUCUGCCCAGGUACCGGAGCGGCCCACGGCAACCGUCUCACCACUGAGAACCCAGAACUCUCCAUCCCGUCUCCCAGCCACUGUGGUUAGGUCACACUCCAUGGCUUCUCCACAACAUGUCCACCAGUCCCCUGUCCAAGUUAUUCCUGGAGCACAGUGUGCCAGGCCCAUCAUUCCUCUCACUUCAGCAGCAGCAGCCAUUACUCCUCCAAAUGUCAAUGCGGCCAACUUGAACGGAGAGGCAGGAAAUGGGCCGAUCAGUGGCUUGGUGACUUCCAGCCCAACCAACACCUCCUGCAAAGCAGAGGAGAGGAAAAAUGAAAAGAAAGAGAAGAAGAGCGGAUUGUUGAAACUUUUAGCCGGCGCGUCAACAAAAAAGAAAUCACGCUCCCCUCCAUCUGUGUCUCCGACACCGGACCCCCAGGGAGCCGUGGAGGGAGCUCUGCAGGGAGCGGUGGGACCUGAACUCUCCUCACUCUCCAGCCACGGCAGGGCAGGUUCAUGCCCAAUUGAAAGUGAAAUGCAAGGAGCUAUGGGGAUGGAGCCACUGCACAGAAAAACAGGCUCCUUGGAUUUGAAUUUUUCCAUUCCUUCUCCUGCCAGGCAGCUACCUUCUUCGAUGGCAGCCAUCCGUCCAGAGCCCAAGCCAUUGCACCGGGAAAGGUAUCGUGUCGUGGUUCCAUAUCCUCCUCAAAGCGAAGCAGAGAUCGAACUGAAAGAAGGUGACAUUGUGUUUGUGCACAAGAAAAGAGAGGAUGGCUGGUAUAAGGGGACAUUACAGCGAAAUGGCAGGACGGGCCUCUUCCCCGGAAGCUUUGUAGAGAGUUUCUGA